AUGCCUGCAAUCCCAGAAGAACCUCUCCUCGUUGAAAACCCAGACCGGUUCUGUAUGUUCCCAAUUCAAUACCCAUCAAUCUGGGAGAUGUACAAGAAAGCUGAAGCCUCAUUCUGGACGGCUGAAGAGGUCGAUCUCUCUUCAGAUGUCCGUCAGUGGGAAAACCUAACUCCCGACGAGAAACACUUCAUCUCUCACGUCCUUGCCUUCUUCGCUGCCUCUGAUGGAAUCGUCCUCGAGAAUCUCGCCGGACGGUUCAUGAAAGAAGUCCAAGUCUCGGAGGCGCGUGCUUUCUACGGGUUCCAGAUCGCCAUUGAGAAUAUCCACUCCGAGAUGUACAGUCUUUUGUUGGAGACUUACAUAAAGGAUCCCGAUGAAAAGAACCGUCUGUUUCAUGCUAUGGAAACGGUGCCGUGUGUGGCUAAGAAGGCCAACUGGGCUUUGCGGUGGAUUGACGGCGGCGAGAGUUUUGCGGAGAGGUUAAUUGCUUUUGCUUGCGUGGAAGGGAUAUUUUUCUCGGGGAGUUUUUGUGCGAUAUUUUGGUUAAAAAAGCGUGGGUUAAUGCCAGGCUUGACUUUCUCAAACGAAUUGAUCUCGCGAGAUGAAGGGCUUCACUGUGAUUUCGCGUGUCUCCUCUACAGCUUGUUAAGGACGAAGUUGAGCGAGGAGCGCGUGAAGGCAAUAGUGAAGGAUGCUGUGGAAAUUGAGAAGGAGUUUGUGGUUGACGCGCUGCCGUGUGCCUUGGUGGGGAUGAACGGGGAAUUGAUGAGUCAGUAUAUUGAGUUUGUAGCCGAUAGACUGCUGGGUGCGCUUGGGUGCGGUAAGGUGUAUAAUGCGGCUAAUCCAUUUGAUUGGAUGGAGUUGAUUUCUUUGCAAGGGAAGACUAAUUUCUUUGAGAAAAGAGUUGGAGAGUAUCAAAAGGCUUCAGUUAUGCAUAGUAUUAAUGGAAAUGGUGGGACUCAUGAGUUUAAGAUGGAUGAGGAUUUUUAG